AUUUACAACCCGCUCCAGUCGAUGCUGCAGCUUGGAGCACGUUGUUUCGAUUUCACAUCGUUCAACAGUUUGAGUUUCUCGGAUUAUUUUUGUGGUUUUCUAUGCGAACAUUCAUAGAUUAUUAAAGUAAUUAUUAUGGCAAAGUUGUUAUCGUAUUACAGUUUGUGCCCUAUAAACGAUGUUCGUGAAUUUUUGGGCCUGUCCCGCGAUGUUGACACCGGUUGUGUGAUCAACACUCUUGGAAGGAACAUCAUCCAAGUGGUGAAGUUAAGCAAUCAAAAACUACAGAACAGUUGGACUUCGCUGGAGCGGCUGACAAGCAAAGUCGUAUACGAUUUCCGCUCGGAGCGAUAUGUGGCGGUUUUUGGAAAUCGUCAGGUCCGCUGUUGGAGCAGGGAUCAAGUCGAUAUUAACAAAGUGAAAAAGUUAAAGCUCUUUCGUAACAUUCUGGAACUGUUCACCUUAGAUAACGGACAGGUUUUGGUGCUUUACGAAGAUGGAACGUGUGAAUCGCUGGAAAGCGCUGUCGAUACCCGAAAUGAAGAUCGAAAAGAUCCAGAAAAUAUUUUUAAAAACCCUAACAUUGAUCCCGCAAAUGAAUCUAUCUUAAAUGCCACGUCCCUCACUUUGGACAGUGGAGAGAUAAUGUUAGCGUACUUUGUUAAAGACCAGGACACUUCGUUGACCCUAAACUAUGCACUUUUAGAGAAGGAAAGUUUAAAAACUCCGAACGGAUUUCACAAAAUCAAAUUAGAACGGAUUGAACAGAAGGUGCACCUGGUUGGACAGAGUAUUGUAGAUGGAAGUGGAGGGCCCUCACUGAUUACUAUUUGGUCGGAUAAACGAAUCUUUUCCCGACAACUGGCGUUUGACGAUGAGACACAUAACAAAUCUAUUGGAAAUUUUAUUUCUAUUCUCAACAUGAUCAACACCGUUCAACCAUUAUCUAUGCUUGGCAUUAGCAAAGACUAUGUGGCCUUGUACGCCGGCAAUCUGAACCAGGAAGGUGCUACUUUGUUUUUGUACAACAUCCAAUUCAAAGUCGUGCAAGCAAAGCAGUUCUUCAAGGUCUACUUUGACAAUUCUCGGUUCUGGUUGAGCGAAAACCACAUUUUGCUGGCUUUUGGGCAAACGCUGGCCGUGGUUCCAUUCAAAAUUAGCAAAGAACAACUGUCGGAUAUGGUUGGCACUCAACGGAGCAUUGAACUCGGAUCUUAUGUAGACAACGAGAGCAUCAACGAGGAUUGUGAUUUCAACGAAGGCUUUGCGUUUGUUGGGAAUCUGCAAAGCGUUAUCGAUGAGGAAAGCGAGGAAGAAGAAUCGGAACCCGAGGUCUAUAAAAUUUUCAAGAGUAUCGAAACCUUUGAAAAAUCGUUGCAGAAAGCCUACAAAAGUAACCUACAAGUGGAUGUGCUACGCGACGAAUCACUUCCGGACGACAUUAUUCAAAUGCGGUUGAUGGCCAACGCUGAUGCGUCGAUUGGACCAUUAAUUUUCUCGGAAAAUUUUGAAAUCUUCGCAAGUGAACUCGAAAAAUACGGUUUUUGCGAAAUGGAAAUCACGGAUAAACUUCUUCCGCUGAUGAUUAAAGCAAACGCUUCGUUGGAUAUUGGUAGAUGUCUGAAACGCUACAACACAGUGUCCGAGCGAGCGCUCGUGUCAGUGCUCAAGUAUGCCCUAUCAUGCAAAGAUCAACCACGUAGUCAAACUGUCAUCCCUGAUUUGGAGGAACUCCUUACGAAGCAUGGAGAUUGCCCACUUCCAGCUGCCAAACCUGAUGAAGUUUUGCCAAAUUUGGACAUAUUAGAUUGUCAUGAUCUAAAAAACAACUCGCUUAAUGACCUUUUAAACAUAGCCCUGUCAUGCGAAUUCAAUCGAAAAGUAAUGCUCCCUUUACUGCGAAAGGAAAUCAAUUUGAAUGCAGUUCUUUAUCUUCUGGAUCAUUUACUGUUCUUGCUGACGGACCCCGUGGCCAGCCUAGGCGAGACUCCGACCAACUGUACCAGCUUCGAUAGUGACGACAGGGUCGUCGAGUGGGCCACGUUGCUCAUCGAUUCGCACUACCAGCACAUCAUACUUUCUCGGGAUGCCGAAGUUCGGAUGAAAAUUGUCAACUGGAUGAAGGUGGUGAAGCAACACAGAGACAGUUUGAGCGAGUUGAAAGAUUUUGCGCCGUCCAUAUUGCGGCUCAUCGAGCGGAAAGGCGGAGAAGCCGAGAAACGGGUGAACAAGUGGUACAGUGUUGAGACGGUGCAACUGUAUUGAACCCGGCCCAAGAAUGAAAUAGAGGACCAGCAAAUAGA